CUCUAGGGUUUUUUUGUUAUGAAGGUUGGGAUUGGGCGGCCCCGACCCUCGCCCCCCACUAACAAUUCAAUUCACCACUUUAAAAGCAAAGCUAGGGCAUUCGGCCGUCACAUACUCACAUGCACUGCGAAAGCCCAUUCUCACGUUGGACCCACCAAACCCUUCCCCCUUCCCUGGCUUCAAUCUUUUCUCGCUCCCUUGGCAGUUGGAGCGUGUUCGCAGCGCGAUCGCAGGCGCGUAAAUAUCAAUCACUCGCCGAGGGGCUUCCCCCUCAAUCAAUACAAAACACCAGCCCGCACCUUCACUCUCCCCGACUCGCUUAAAAGGCCGCGAAACCUGUGAUAGAGCUGCCGUUUCCUCUCUCUCUCUCUCUCACUCUCUUCUGUGCUUUUUCCUUGGGCAUUUUUUAGCUGGGGCCCUGGUACUCUGCAUAUCCAGCAAAACCCAACUGGGGUUAUAAUUAAAUCUUCCAUAGACCGCAACACCCAUUUCUCCGGUCAUCAAAACCCCACUUUGGGAUAUUUUGUGUCUCCUGCUUUCCUAUUUCUAGAUUGUGGGAAUGGCUGAUGAUUUAGACGACGGCGAGUUCUGGCUCCCCCCCGAGUUCCUCACCGAUGACGACUUGCUCAUGGAGGAGAAGAUGAGUGGCAUGAACUUCCGUAAGAACCAGACUGAGGGUACUGGGGCGCUUUUACCGUGUGGGUUCGGCUCGUUUGGGGCUCCUACGGUUCUCAGUUCUCCGGUUGAAUCGGUGAUGGGUUCGACGGAGACGGAGAGUGACGAGGAGGACUCUCUAACUGAGUUAACUUGGCGAAUGGCUCAGUCCACGCUGCAAGACGAUUGCAGCAAAAUGGACUCUGUUUUAGGUUCCGAAAACCCGAAGGUACGGGUUCUGUCCGGUUCGCCGCAAUCGACGUUGUGCGACGUGUGGGGCGGGUGCGGCUGCAGAGAAGACUCGAGCCGCGGGAGCCCAAACGGCCCAUCGCGGGUCUCGUCUCCGCCGGCGACUUGGGAACUGCUGCACGCUGCUGCCGGUGAGGUCGCUAGGAUGAGGAUGAACGAGGAAGGAACUGGCUACUACGACGGCCGAGGGCUUUUGAUUCCUCUUAGGAAAACUACUCUGGUCUCCGCUCCGGUGAAGAACCCUAACUCUAAUGGCGGAUUGUAUUACGACCAGUCCCUUUCUCAGCCGAAUUUUCACGCUGUUCAGAUUCAGCAGCUGAGGCAGCUCCAGAUGAUGAAGCAACGGAGCCAGGCGGCGUGGGGAGGACAGGGCAUGGCAGGUGGACUUUAUCAACAGCACCAAGUGGUUCCAAACAGGGCAAGGGCGAACGAGUUCGCUAACAACGGAAACUCUAGGCCUCUGGGUUUGCCUCCCUCUGCGUGGCCUCCACUGCAGAAGCAAAAUCAACAGCAGCAGCAACAGCAAAAUGGAUCGGGUAUGAGGGCUGUAUUCUUGGAUUCGCCUGGGUCUAGGAAGGGAUGUGCUGGAACUGGCGUGUUCUUGCCCCGUCGAAUCGGAAAUCCUUCCGAAACGCGCAAGAAGAAAUUAGCUUGCUCCACUGUUUUACUUCCGGCAAGGGUGGUGCAGGCCCUAAACUUGAACCUAGAAGAAAUGGGUGCUCAAUCCCGUUUGAUGAAUGGGAGCUUCCCUACAGACACCGAUGUUCCUCUGAAGCUUCGAAGCAACAACGCUCAUCAGCCUCAGCAGAAGCACAGCGUCCGUCCGCAGCCGGCGGCGAGCCAUGAGAUCCGGUUACCGCAGGAGUGGACCUACUGACCCAUUUGGACUUCCUUUUUUGGGUGUUUUUCUACCAAUUUGUGUUUGCUGUCUUGGAGUUUUAGAAGGAAAAGGAAGAAGAAUUGAUGGGUUAGAAGCAGGAAUUAAAAAGAGAGAAUUGCAGUUAGUUUGCAAUAGGAAAAUAUUAUAAAGAAAUAGGUUUAGAAGAUGAAAUGCAAUGACGAAGCAAAAUUGUUGUUGGCAGAGAAAGUAUUUUUGGAUAGAUUUAGAGGACAAUAAAGGGAAAAAGGGAUGCUACGCCUCAGCUGCAGCUUCUGUUUUUUCUGAUUUGCUCAAGAUGCAAAGUUGGAUGGAGUCUGUUUCUCCGUUGUUUCUUGUAUUUUGGGAUAAAAAUAAGUGGGGAAGAUUUGGGGGGGAGUAUUUUAGGGGGAGGAUAGGAAAUAUGUUUAGGAAGUUUCCAUCCUCAAGAGGCCCUCUACUCUUACAGUACUACUACCAUAUAUAGUCAGUCUUGUGUUUGUAGAAAAUUUGAUUCCCGCCCAGCCAUCCUCCAUGGCUGUGCUUUAUCAGUAAUAAGAAGAAAGCUAGCAGUUUGAUA